GCAUGAGUGUCAUUUCGGGUCCAAUACCUUAAAUCUAAUAAUAAUGAUUUUGUAUCAUACUUACAAAAUAUGAAAUCAAGUGAUGAUGAGUUUUCUUUAUUGAAUAGAUAGUAUCAUUUGUUUUAAAAUGGAUAUACCAACAAACAACUUCAGGCAUGUUGAGGUUACACAAUACUAAACGUAUUUUCAAGACCUGAAGUGCACGAACGAUCGGCCAUAAAGCAAAUAGGAAAUAAUCUGCGGCGACUUUGGGACGAUGAAGAAGUAUAUUGUGGAUGACAUUCCAGUUGACCUACAUUCCGAAAGAAAAUCCAGGCACGAACUACUACAGGAAUAUGUUACAGAUUCUAAACGAGAAGGAAAAGACGAACACUUUUUUGUAUGUGAUACUGGCGAUAUUAUAGAAAAGUAUCAGCAAUGGGUGCGACUGUUGCCAAGUGUAAAACUGUUUUACGCCAUGAAAUGCAAUCCAGACAAAGCUGUGCUGCAAAUCCUAGCAGAUCUCGGGGCAUCCUUCGACUGUGCAAGCAAGAAUGAGAUUGAGACAGUUCUUGGCCUUGGGGUUAACCCAGACCGAGUUAUAUACACCCACACGCAAAAACGAGUUACAAGCCUAAUUUACGCGGAACGCAACAAUGUGUCUUUGAUGACGUUUGACAGCGAAAUGGAACUGCAUAAAAUAAAGUCUCAUCAUCCAAAAGCAAGGUUGUUACUAAGAAUUCUAUUGCAUGAGAAAUUUGAGGGUAGAGAAACAUUUGGAAAUAAGUUUGGAUGUCCUUCAUUCCAAAUCAGGGACCUUCUACAACUUGCAAAAGAAUUAGAGCUGAAUAUAGUGGGAAUAAGUUUUCAUGUUGGCUCUGGAAUAACGGAUCCUGGGGCAUAUGCAUCUGCUUUAAAACAAAGCAGGAAAGCAUUUGAAAUGGCCCGUGAAACUGGUUUUAAUCCGAACAUACUUGAUAUUGGAGGGGGUUUCCCCGGAGAGCAUAACACAUCCGAUUUUUUUCAAAAGAUUACAGAAAUUUUGAAAGAAACACUAGACGAUUUAUUUCCACCGGAAGAAUGCGUGGAUAUUAUUGCUGAACCUGGUCGCUAUAUGGUUGCUUCAGCUUAUACUAUUGUGGAUAACAUCACUGGAAAACGCUUGUUUCCAACGAAGUCCUUAGAAAGAGAAAAUGGUAAUGAGCCAGAAAAAGACACUAACGAAGCUGCUGGUAAUACCUUUAUGUAUUACCUGAAUGACAGUGUAUUUGGCAACUUCUUAGUCGGCAAGAUGUUCAACCCUAUGAAUAUACCACAUGUUCCCAAGCUGUUUAAGGCUGGAGAAGAUGUUGUCUCUCAUGAAAGUGUUUUAUGGGGAUUCACCUGUAACUCAGUGGAUUGCAUAAAUGCUUCUGUGCGUAUGCCUGAACUUGAUAUCGGUGACUGGCUAUACUUUGAGGACAUGGGUGCAUACACAAAAAGCCUUUCCUCAAAUUUCAAUGGACUUGAAACUCCUGAGAUAAAAUACCACUGUUUAGAAACUUCAUGGCUCCAAGUUUAUCCGGAUACUCACAAAGGAAAGGAAUAAGAAGAGCAGCAGUUCAUAAUUACAUUAUAUGUCUUUAUUUUGUCUUAAUCUUUAUUCUUCCAAAAAUAAUGUUAUCAUCUUUUAUUCCAACAACAAUAAAUUAGGUAACCAGUUUUUUCUUCUACAGUUAAUGUAGUUUUAGUGUAAGUUGUGUUACCUCAAAUUAUGACGAUAAAUGAGAAAAUAAUUAUAUUAUGCUUAACCAAAUUUCUUGUAUCGUUAUUAUUAAAAUAUACUCAUGUACACAACUAUUUCAAGAUCGUUUGAAAAAUGAUUGAAAAUCAUAAGAAACCAUGGACAAGCACUCAAAACGGCGAUUUGCAAUGACUGAUCGAACUAUGUGAAGAGUCAGUUUCACAAACUGAUAAUUAUUCUCUAAAAGUUUUUCUAAAACCAUAUAUGCUAAAUGAAAAAUGGGUAAGACAGUUGGGGACCUAUUGAUUUAAUUGAAUCUGAAUCUGAUAUCUCGUAAUUUAAAGUAUUAUUAUGAAUAUGUUGUUUUCUUUCUGCCGUGCAACUCUACUUCUCACUUCUCUGGUAGACUUCAUCCUUCAGCAGCUAUGGCUAAAUAAACGUACUGAUAAAUGAAAAUAAUAAAAAGAUAAUAAAUCUGAUAUUAUCAUAGUACGUUUAAUUGUUGAUCACGACUCAAAACGUUGUGUUUGGUUAUUUUUUUUUUAUAUACUUUUUGACACUUUUGUCAAUUUCAUGUAUGUAUAGAGAUACAAGUUAAGGACUUUUUAUUGCAAAAUAAUUAUAAAUUAGCCGCUCUAAUAAUUUCAUUGAGAUUGCCUCUUAACAUGUAAAUGCUUUUGGUUAAUUGUUUCAAAAUCAAUGUUUAUGUAUUACAUAUUUUAUAGUCUGCCUCAUGAAUAGUCAUCUUUAAUAAAAUCUACAUGCUUUUUGUAAAUGAAUUUUAAAUCUCAUGAGUAUAUGUAUGGAGCAUGUUUUUGGCAAAGAGCUGUACAGAUGUUUGUAACAGAAACAAUCUGCUGGAGUUACGUCAACUGUUAAUGAAGAAGACUUACAUGUGAGAAAGGUGAUAUAAGAAACAUAGGGACGGGCGGCCGUCUACGGAUUUUAAUAUACAUUUUAUUACCAUCCUAUACACAACGCUAGAAUGUAUCAAAUUUGCUAGUGCGUAUUACUUACAUAAAUAGAAAGAAAUAUGACGUACUCGAAAAUAGUCGUUGCCUUAAGCCUAUAAUGUACAGAAAAAUAAAGCAUGAAACUUAUCUUCUCGUGUUAUUCUGUUAAGUGUCCUAGUAAUACGGUCUUUUUAUUUUGCGCUAGGCGAACUUGAUGUAUUUCACAUUUAACUGAUUGGCUUGGUAAUAAAGUAUUAAUUCUAACAUGGCUCGGCUUGAAGAAGAAAGUCAAUCUCUGUAAAUUCCAUGAUAAACGACCGUUGACGCGUGGAUCGGCUUGUUGUAAAGUAUUAGGAAAUGUUCACAUUCGUCAUUUAAAUAUGUGUGGAUAUUUGUUUUUCUGUCAUUUGACUUUUAUUACUGAAGUAUGAAAUAAAAAAGUAAUUUAACAUGUUGAGUGGAAUGAUUGAAUUCAGUUGGACUCGUACAUAACAGUAAUAAUCCAUAUUUGGAUUCUUCCAAAUAUGAGCUAUUACAAUCUGACCAAAGUACAUCACCAAUUAACGCUACGCUUUGGAUCUGAAGACGUGCUAUUGAUAGACUCGUUCUGACGACCCUUUAGCUAGCCAAUCAGAGCCUUGCUUUCAACAUUUUGAAAGUGAAAGUAGAAGUUUAAAAAAUCUAUAUCUAGCCUGGCUUUUUCAUGUUAACAAUUCUUAUGACGACCACAUCAUGACUGCGCCCUCGUAUUUUGAAAGGUAUCAUAUAUCACGGUACGGACUUGGUCACGUCAGGUGUCAGCCAGCCGUUAAGCUCAGUCGGUAAAGCACUCGCCCUGUAACCGAGGGGUCCCGGGUUCGAGUCCCGGACUGACUGCACAUUUAUCUCAUCCUGUGAUAUUCAACGCUAUUUUGAUGGUUCAGCCAAAUGCUUGUUGAAACUAGUCGUCUGACUGGUUCAAAUAAUAAUAGAUUUGCGAAAAUAAAAAUAGCAAUAUCGGAAAUCCAAAUAUACAGAAAGACGAAUGUGAAUGGGUCAUCCUCAGAUCUUCGUACUUUAGUCAGAUUGUGAGCUAUUACUGCUGUGCACUCAUCCAGUAUUGUACUCAACACUGUUAGAUAACCUCAUAGUACUACACAAAUGGAUUGAAUGGACUCCACGAUCCUAAAAUACCAGAAAAUGACAAAACAAAACAAUAAAAACUUUUUAUACGAUAUUCACAUAUCGAUUUAAGGCUUCUGUGUUUGAUAGUCAGAAAAAGUCUUUUGAAACAUACUUUGGAAGCAUACAGCAUCAUCAACGAUAUAGAUAGCAGACAUUGUCUGCUUAAGUCUGUACAUGAGAAGUAAUGAACAGAAAUCUUUUACACAGAUACAUUGAAUAAGCUCUAUCGGCAACAUAUUACACCACUGGUAACCGAUAUUUACUUGUAUAUCGAUCAAUAAAUGAGUUUUACUAAUAAA